AUGGUGCACGAUGUGGUGGAGGUCCAACCUAGGUCACGGCGUACAGGCCGAAUUCGGAGACCGCCCGACUUCUUCGUACCAGCCGCCUUCACCACAGCGUAUCACAACGACGACGACGACGACGACGACGACGACGACGACGACGACGACGACGACGACGACGACGACGACCUAGCGUUUGAUGACACUGAGGAUGACGUCGACCGAUAG